AUGUCUAUACCUAUGCAAUGGACACACGGGCGCCGGGUUUCGAUCGUCUUGGAGAUGCGACCUUCGACCGGGCCACCCUCCACGCAAACAGAAUCGCAAGAGGAAACAGAUAUUGAAGAGCAACUAGAACCUCAAGAAGAGCUUCCCGAGAGACCUAUCUCAAAACACAGGAUUUAUCUCAUUGUAGCUACUGUCGCCUGCAUCACCUUCGUCAAUUCAAUACUUUCAGGCCUUAUGACUGUCAGCCUCCCCACUAUCGCACGAGACAUUGACCUUCCCAACAGCUUACGACUUCUUGAUUGCAUCCCCCAAGCUAACCCCUCUUUCUUCGCAGUUCUUUGGCCUCCUGCUGUAAGUAGUCUCUCUUGUGGAUGCACUCUGCUUGCUUUUGGGUCCAUUUCAGAUGUGGUCGGAGGGAGGAGGACAUAUCUUCUCGGAAUGUUCCUUCUCACUGGCACCACCAUCACCUGCGGCCUCUCCCGGAACGCCAUCGACCUCAUCCUCUUUCGAACAGCACAGGGCUUGGCAAUGGCCUUAUGUCUUCCCUCCUCGGUCCUGUUGAUCACCAGCAACAUCCCGCAUAGUGAACAUCAUAACAUAGCGUUUGCUUGUCUCGGUGCUGGGCAGCCUGUUGGGUUCGGGUUUGGCUUGAUCAUUGGGGGGCUCUUUAUUCAGGAACGUACCUGGAGAUACGGAUAUUAUUUUGCAGGCGGUCUCAUCUUCGUCAUCUUUCUGAGCGCCAUAUUUGCACUUCCACCGGACGCUGCCGAAUCUCAGCCAAUUUCGACAAUAUUGUCCCGCAUAAGGAGGGACAUUGAUUGGAUUGGCUGCCUACUUUUGAGCGCCUGCAACGGGAUAUUUCUAUACCUGUUCUCGGUUCUCGCUAGCGAUACUCACAACUUUGUCACACCGAUAUGUCUCUCGUUGACUGUUGUCGCCAUCCUUAUCAUCCCAGCAUUCAUUUUAUGGGUCCGCAAACAAGACCGUCUUGGUCAGAAAGCUAUCAUUCCACCAUCGUUAUGGGGAAAUAAAGUCUUUGCAACGCUCUGUUUCAUCGUUUUCAUCGUUUGGGGAUGCUUUAACGCUACUCAAUACUUCAUAUCCUUGUACUUCCAACUGAUCCAAGGGUUAUCUGCGAUCCAAACGUCACUCCGUUUUCUCCCACAGGCUGUUAUAGGUCUUGGGAUGAGCUUGCUGACCGGAUGGCUCGUUAAGUACGUACCUGCAGCCAUUUUGGUCUUAUGCUCCGCAAUAAUCACCGUUACAUGCCCUAUUCUCAUGGCCACCAUUAACCCAACGUGGUCGUACUGGCGAGGCAGCUUUUUCGCCCUUAUUUGUAUCCCGAUCUGUGCCGAUGUACUUUUCACGGUCGCUAAUCUAUUAACUGUUUCGCUGUUUCCGGAUGACCAUGGGCUUGCCGGCGGGGUUUUCAACACUGUCAGCAAUAUAGGAAACAGUGUUGGCCUGGCUGUUGCGGCUGUGAUUGCCACGAGUGUGACGAAAGCCGACUCAGGGGGUAAUCACCCCAAGGACCCCAUCGAUGCUCUGAUGAGUGGUUAUAGAGCGAGCUUUUGGGCCUGCGUAGUGUCGAAUGUGUUUGUAUUGAUUGGAGUAUACUACGGCUUGAGGAAAGUUGGGAAAGUUGGUGUGAAGAAUUGA